AUGAUNACCCUCAUGGCCUACGAUCGCUAUGUGGCCAUUUGCCAUCCACUGACAUACACAAUCAAGAUGAACCGUCCACACUGCGUUAGACUCUUGUGCUUCUGCUGGGCUGGAGGACUCCUUCACUCUGGCAGCCAGUUGCUCCUGGUCCUGCGACUGCCAUUCUGUGGGCCAAAUGAAGUGGACAAUUUCUUUUGUGACGUUCCACAGAUUGUCAAGCUGGCUUGUGUUGACAUCCGAGUGACUGAGAUACUCAUGGUGGCCAACAGUGGUCUGCUGUCCCUGGUGUGCUUCGUUAUCUUGCUGAUCUCCUAUGCCAUCAUCUUGACCACACUCCAAGGACAUUUCAGAGAGAGUGGAGGGAAAGCUCUGUACACCUGCAGCUCUCAUUUAAUAGUAGUCAGCCUCAUUUUUGUACCAUGUCUUUUUGUGUACCUUGUCCCACUGUUUAACACCAGUGUGGAUAAUCUGGCAUCCAUAUUCUACACAAUAAUCACUCCUCUUCUCAACCCCAUCAUAUAUACCUUGAGAAACCGAGAUAUGAGGGAGGCUAUGAGCCAAGUGCAGAAAAAAUACAUUUGUCCCAUUGUUGCACCACAGAAGAAAAUAUGA